AAUCUUUGUGAUCCUGUUCACUCAGGCCAUUCACAGACCCAAGGCCAGAGCUGGUCCUAAACUCUUCAGAGCAUGGCUUCACCUGAGUGGACCCAAAGCUCAGGGCCAUGCCUGGGGUAUAUGGCCACGGGAGCAGGAGGCCUGUUUCCAAAGAAGGAUCCUCUGCUUCAUGGGCAGGACUAGCAGGGGAUGAGGGUGUUCCACAGAGGCAUUGUCUGAAUCCACUGUGUGGAUGGAUCGCCGCCUUCAGCUCCACAUUCAGACUCUGAAAGUUAAGGCUAAGUCCUCCAAGUCCUGCCAGGCUCUCGCCCAAGUCUGGGAUGGGAUGCAUUCCAGCACGGGGCCAGGACCAGUGAAACACCUGUGGGCUCCUUUCCUGAGCAUUAGCCUGCGUGUUACAAGAAAGCAAGAAGGGAAACCUUGGUGACCCUCGUGGAUGAGCUGAGAAAUGUGUGGACUUUUCUGUGAGGCAGUUAAACCUAGGCCAGCAAUCAGUCUGUCUCCAGACAGAAAUCGGUGCCAUGAGCUACAUUGAUUCCCCACAGUGCAACUGUAGCUUUCACAAGAGGAUUGGAAAUGGGGUCAGGGCCUGCUUGCCUCUCAGAGGAAGUUGGUUGUGAUGUAGGAAACUGGAAACUAAUGUCUCCAUCCACAGCAGGGGGAUGAAAUUCUACAGGUGUAAGUCCUUGAAGCAAGUGUAGACUCCUUCUUGUGUUGGGGAGAGUUCCCUGAAGAUCAGAGCCGAGCAAUAUUGAGUUGCUUCCCAGAAGUGGCCACCAAAGACAAAAAGUCACCAGCUGCCCUUGUCAGCAUCAUGGUUGUAUUUAGUGUCAGGGAUCCUGACUGAACUUCCUUUGGACCCAAAGGGGCAUGAGAGGCUGGUCCAGGGCACUUUCUCCUUCCCAAAGAAACUGAGUGGGCUAGGGGAUGUAAUCACCUGAGGCCAGGAACUGAAUGCCUGUAGCUUCAGGACACAAGAGGGCAGGAUUUUCCAUUGUUCUGGCUUCUUAGCAGCUUCAAACACAGGGGCCAUUUCCUGUUUGCCAGAGGAAUGAAGCCUCAGGGUGGACCAAGCCCAUCACCCUUCUGAGUGGCUGCUGGUCUUUCUUGUGGCCUUCCCUUCUCAAAUGACACUCUCCAGCAUCUAUCUUUCCAAAAACACAGAGGCAGCCAGGGAUACCCUGUGCUAGGAGCCCGCCCCUCUGGGGUGAUUUGGCAAGUGAGGAGUGAUCUUUAAGUCUUCCUCUGACUUUGGCUGGCAGCAGGAUGAGCAGCCACUUAGCUCUGUGUGCACCAGGAAGGUGGACCUGAGGCUCCUGGCAUGGCUGGUGAAUUCUUGAAGUUCCUUGGGAGCAGGGAAAGGUUUUGGCCUCUUGGGUUGCACUAAAUGGUGAGCACAGGGUGCUCAGUCAACACGCAUUUGGUGAGGGAGUGCCCCUGCCAGGAGUGGCCUCCUGUUCCCUGUCCAUUCCUCCACACUGAGUUGUCUGUCCUUGGGCCUGCUCAGAAGCCUUGGCUAUUGUAUGGAUGUUGCCUUCUGGGAGGCUUCUUUGCUCCUAAUACUGGGGCCUGGUUUCCUCUGUGUUGAAAGAAUGGGAGACAACAGUCUUGCCUUCCACUGUGCACCAAACAAACCAGAGUGGCUUGCUGCCACCCUGAAAGAAGCAAUGUCGCCUCUCCCUAGAGACGUGGAGGAAGGGGCACUCAUGCCCAUGCUAGAGACCAUGAUACUGGACAGACUCUUGACCACUUGACACCAUCCUUGCUUCUUGAUAUAUUUUUAAACCCCUAUAUUUUCACCUAUGUGGGGCACUAGGAAAUGGAAGCAGAGAAAUGCCAGCUCCUGGUUAUUUCCUGAGGCCCCUGGGUCUCUGCCUGCUGCCACUCCACUUAUUUUUGUCACACAGCUCCAGAAUCCCAGCACUUGCUCUUGCUGGGGGCAAUGAAGCCAGACAGUCCUGAGACUUCUCAUGAGACCAAGUUGCAAGUGGUACCCCAUGACCCUGGCUGUUGCCUCUUUCUCAGAAUCCAGGGGAGCUGCUGGCAGGACCUGGAUCUUUCUGGGGAAGAGAUCCAGGCUGUGUUGGCAGAAUCUGUCCACUUGUACAUAUGCUAUGGGAAGAUGGCAGCAGCCAGCACCCCAGGUGGCCUUUGGAACCAUCAUGUGUGAAAAAGAGACUCAGGGAAGUGACAAGCGUUCGUCCCUGGCUGUGUCCCGUCUGGUGGACAGCUUCACCUCACUGGUCCGCCAGGAGUUGGAGAAGGACCUCGUGAACGUCCUGCAGAGAGGGCACUCCUCCUGGGUAGAAGGAUUGUUGUGUAGACGCCCAAAGGUGCUCAGCAUCCAGAAAGUGCUGGAGCUCCUCAGUCAAAGGUAUGAGGACCAACAGCUAUGCAUGGAGGAAGUCUUCCUUCCGGGACAGAACUCCUUCUGCUCCACCAUCCAAAUGUGGCUCUGCCUGUACCCAGAAGAUGUUGUGGGGUCCAUGGACAGCCUGAGGAGUCUCAGGACCUUCUUGCUCCACACCAUGCCGCAGUCAGGGCUGACAGUCCAGGUGGAGAGGCUCCUGACAGGGCUGGAGAACACAGAUCCCCCUGCCUCUCCAGGAAAAACCCUCAAUUAAACACAGCACAACACCAGAAGCACCAGGUCACCCAUCUCUCAGGCCAGCACCCACUCCACGUGUGCUGGAGAGUGGACACUGCACUAGAGCUCAUGUCUCCUCUGGCCCCUCUACCUCUGUGAGCUCCUGAGGACUACUCAGUCCCAGAUCCCCACCACGCCUCCUCUUCCUCUCCUCUGGAAUUUACUGGAUUUCUAAAAUUUAUUGAUUUCCUUAUUUAUUUACUUCCUUGUUUAUUUAUUUAUUUUCUUUCUU